CGCGGGGUCGAAGCGGCCUUCCCGGAGUCCUUUGCGCGGCACCUGGCGACAAAAUGGCUGCCCGAGGGAGACGGGCGGAGCCUCCGGUCCGGGAGGCCCCGGGCCCCGCGGGCGGUGGCGGCGGCGGGAGCCGAUGGGCUGAGUCGGGGCCCGGGACGUCGCCCGAGAGCGGGGAUGAUGAAGUGUCGGGCGCUAGUUCGAGCCCUGUGACGGGCGGCGUGAACUUGUUCGCCAACGACGGCAGCUUCCUGGAGCUGUUCAAGCGGAAGAUGGAGGAGGAGCAGCGGCAGCGGCAGGAGGAGCCGCCCCCGGGCCCGCAGCGACCCGACCAGCCGGCCACCGCCGCCGCCGCGGGUCCCGGGGAUCCGAAGAGGAAGGGCGGCCCGGGCCCCACGCUUAGCUUCGUGGGCAAGCGCAGAGGCGGGAACAAACUAGCCCUCAAGACGGGAAUAGUAGCCAAGAAGCAGAAGACGGAGGAUGAGGUAUUAACAAGUAAAGGUGAUGCAUGGGCCAAGUACAUGGCAGAGGUGAAAAAGUACAAAGCCCACCAGUGCGGCGAUGAUGAUAAAACUCGGCCCCUGGUGAAAUGACCCCCCUCCCCCGCCUGCCCACAGCCUGGGACUCUCUGCGAUGUACAUAACUAUUUAAUGCAGCGGCAGCGAGGCAGCCUUUUUCCCCCAAGGACUUAUACACAGAAGGAACCGAGAUGCUUCCCGCAGCUGCGGACGAUUCUCCAGGACUCUUUUUUUACCUUGAGCACUUGCCUCCUGAGACUUAAUAGAACAGUGGUUUACUGUCCCCUCUCUUCCCUUCUCUUCCUUCUCUCUGGCCCUUUCUGUCUUCCUCUUCUCCCCCUCCCUUCCCUCCCUUUAGCCGUCACUUCUGGGAAGUAAAGAACUUGAUUUAGUGCUGGA